AUGGUAGACAAUAAUGUGUCCAAAAACAGGAAGUGGCACACCCAAAAUUUCAAAAAGUCGUGGUUGGAGGUUGCUGAGCUUAAAGAUUGGUUACGGCAAGGUGAUAACAUUCCUGAUGCCUGUUAUUGCGAUACUCUUCUGGAUGCAAUUGUAGUAGAAAAUUGUUCGUCUCAGAGUUUGUACGAUGCUGUCAAGUCUACGCUUACAAAAGAAGAUGUAUCUAUGAGCAACAUACUUGGAUUUGCCAGCGAUAAUUACUCAACUUUGAUGGGUAACGAGAGCGGGUUUCAAAAGUUAUUGAGAAACGAUAUUCCGACUGUAUUUACAAUAGGCUGUGUUUGCCAUUCGUCUGCACUUUGUUCAAAUCAUGCAGUGAAGGUGUCACCUUCGUAUCUCGAGUCCUUUUUAAAGGGCUUAACUUCUUACUUUUCUCGAAGUAGCAAACAUCAAAAUGACUUCAAUAUGAUACAAAGUGUUGCUGGCACAAAAGAAAACAAGAUUUCAAAGCUUUCACAAACUAGUGAAAAUGUAAUUAACGUUAUAAUAGAACAGUGGGAUACCCUUGUACUUUAUUUUCAGUCUGAGGCUAAAGUAGAAAAAGUGGACAGAGCAAAAAGGAUCUAUGAAUCAAUGAUUAACAAAGGGAUGAAGCACAUUCUGCUCUUCUUACAUUAUAUAUUAAAAAAAGUAAAUGCUCUUAAUGUCGAGUUUCAAUCGGAACACUUUCGACUGCAUCUGUUGCAUACACUCGUAUCCAGUGAAUAUAAAAGUAUCCUUAAUUGCUUUAUAAAAGAGGGUGUUUUAGCUGUAUCUAAAUUAUCAGAUAUUGAUCUUAAUAACAACAAAUCACAAAGAUAUAAGUGA